AUGGCGAACGAUAACGACACAGCAGUAACCACGUGUUCACAAAUUUUGGUCAGAGAUAACUUUCUAGAUCUUCGAGUACCUGUAUGGGUAUUAAAUAUGAAAUUUUUCCCAGAUAGUGAAAAGAUAGUAACUACUACAGGUCAUCAUCAAAUCAGAGUUUAUGAUCCUAGCAGUAAACAAAGAAGGCCUGUUAUAGAUAUGGAAUUUGAUUCUUAUCCAAUAGGUGCUUUAUCUCUCACCAACCAAGAACAUCAAAUUCUUGUUGGAAAUACUCAAGGAAGAAUGGCAUUAAUUGAUCUUAGAAAAAAGGCAAUGGUACAUGUAUACAAAGGAUUUGCAGGGAGUAUCAGAGACAUACAGUUUGAUCCUGUUCAUUCCCAAGUUUAUUCUUGUGGGUUAGAUAGAUUCCUUCGAAUACAUGAUCUUGAUACACAUGAAUUAAAAACUAAGAUGUAUUUAAAAUCUGGUUUGAAUGCCUUAUUGUGCCAUUCAGAAGCUUAUAAUGCUUUACGAUCAAAAGACAAGUCGUCCACGCAGAACACAGAAUAUGUAGAAGAUACGCAAGAUUCUGACAAUGAAAUAUGGGACAACAUGGAAGUUGUCUCUAAUAAAAAACAAAAAAUAUCUUCAAAUAAAAACUCAAAGCUUAAAAGAAAAUCCAAGCAUAAUGCUUCUGCAGAAUUCAAUUCCAAAGUAAAAAAAAAGAAAAAGACAAAGGAUGUGAAAAGUUCUUUUGAAAAAUCCUGUAAAAAUUAAUGUAUUUUAUUAAAU